AUAUAUUUUCCUUGCUUAUCGGCCACAGCUGAUAACGUCAACAAGGUGACCACCCGGUGUGUGGACUGGAGCGACAUUAUUGUACUUUUUCGCAUUUUCCGUGAGAAUGGCAGGCCAGGCAGGUCACAACUUCACUAAGUUUGUUCAGUGGGGAAGAAAUAUUGUGGCCGUCGGCAGGAACUACAGGGAUCACUGUGCAGAGCUUGGAAAUGCUGUCCCAAUAAAGCCUAUGCUUUUUUUCAAGCCUUCAUCAUCAUACCUGGAAGAGGGCUGUGGACCCAUAUUGAUUCCUCGAGGGUGCAAGAGCUGCCACCAUGAAGUGGAGUUGGGAAUUGUAAUUGGCACCCAGUGUCGAGAUGUGGCUGAAGAGGACGUCAUGUCUCGUGUAGCUGGGUAUGCUCUCGCUCUCGACAUGACAGCACGGGACUUCCAAGAGGAGGCUAAGAAGAAUGGAGCUCCUUGGUCGUUGGCUAAGGGUUUUGAUACAGCUCUUCCAGUUUCCAGAUUUCUCUCAACUGAGGAACUGAAAGAUCCUACUGCCAUAAAAAUGUGGUGCAAGGUAAAUGAGGAGAUGCGACAGGAUGGCACCACAACAGAUAUGGUCUUCAGCAUACCCUAUCUCAUUUCCUACAUCUCACAAUACUUCACUCUGCAUCCCGGAGAUCUUGUUCUCACUGGCACACCUGCUGGUGUUGGUCCAGUCCAACCAGGAGAUGUCAUAUCAGCCGGCCUGGGAGAUCUCUUGACAAUGAAGUUCAAUGUUGCUCAAAGGGAAUAAUGUACAGUAUUGCUGAAUUUGCUAUCAUGUUGAGUUGUUUGUUAGCAUUGAUACAGUGGUGUACCUGGUGUACAGAACAGUACAGUAGUCAGUUUUGUAAGUCGAGAUGCAAAUAGUAGUUUUAUUUAAUAUUGUACUGUAUAAAUAUUUUAAAGGAAAUUAGGACAAUCAUCAUAAAUACAUGUAGAAUAGUGACCAACUGCCUAAGCAGCUAACAGGCCAAUCAGUGGUGGAGAGGAUAAAGUGAAGUAAAUAUUUUAAGUAUGUAUAGUAAUGUAGCUCUUCUUUGUUUUCUCCCUAGAUUAUCAUUUGGUGGUGCUGCUAAGUUAGAACAAUUAUAGACAUUAUUUAUUUAAAUUUUUUUAUUUAAUUGCUCAAUGUCUGUUGUAUUUUUACAUUUUUAUGCGAUUUAAUUCAGGGAAAAUUUAAUCAUCAAUGGAUUUGCAGAUUCACAGUAUGUUUACUGAUUACAAUCAAUAAACAGACCGUGAAUCUGCAACUAAUUAUCUGUGGUGUAAUGCUUUACAUAUCUAUGGUUUAUUCUUUCAGUACCUCUCUCAUUUGUUCAUACACCUGGCACACCACACAAUGCUACACUCACUGAAUGUACAGAAAUAAAUAUAAAUAAAGUAGUAUUGUAAAAUUCCAUUACAAGCAAAGUAAGCUCCCUCUUAUCCAAGGUAAUUGGGAAGAAAUCUGGUCCAGGUUGGGUGGUGGUCGUGUUGUCCAUAUUGCAAGGUGGAGAAUUCCAGAAGAUGGGGGUUUUUCGAGUCACUUUACACAAUACAGGGUACAGUAAUAAUAUUAAAAUUUAUUCUGUAAUAUUGUAAUACAGGUUUACAUUGAUAGGCAUGUAUAUAAACUAUGCAGUUAUACAGUUCAGUGUGCUUAGGCCAUGGGUGUAUACAGUUUCUUAUAUCUUGUACCUAUAUAGUGAAGGUAUACAACACUGGUAUAGAGAAAGGUACUGAACCUGUUGCAAUUUUUAGUCUAGACUUAACAUUAUAAGGAAUUUUAUAUGCCAUAUUCCAGAUUCCUCUUAUUCUGUUGUUCAUUGGAUGUAUUCACCUCCCUCUCCCUAUCUUUGUUACUAGAGAGGGUGGACAGGCAACCUUGGGGGGUGGGGGGGGACUGACUGCAGCAACCCCACACCACCUCUUCACUCUAAACCCUCGCUCGCUCACUCCACCACACUGUCCUACACCUUCCACCUCCUGUACCCUCCAUAAUUGUUUAAGUAAAUAAAAGAACAUAGAUAAGGUACAAGAAAUCAUGCAAAGAAAUAAAAAAGAAAAAUGAAGAGAAAAAGAAAUGAAGAGUAAUUAAAUAAUAAAUAGAAAAUAGACAUAAGAAAAUCAUUUAUUAUGUGUGUGGGAAAAAAAUGAUUUUUCCUCAUUCUCUCAUAUGCUCUUGACAGCUUGGUAGCUGGCUCAGUCAACAGUACAAGUCACUGUCUCACUGAUCGUCUGGUGUUGCCAAGGAGCUCUUAUAUGCCUGUCACACCCCAAAAAUACCUCCUUUUGAUGGCCCACAUCAUAUAGAUUUUUUUGUUUUCCUUUUAUAUUUAGUAUUGAAACAAACUUUUAGGUAAACUAUUCAAGAUCUGUUUGGUUAGAAAAUGGCAUUUCUAACUCAAGUAGAGUUGAUUUUAUAAAUUCUAGUACAAUACAGUAUAAACAUUAUUUACAUUUUUCAUAAAAAAAUAGUUCUUAACUUGUGUCAAAAUAUUUUAUUGUCAAUUUUUUUUCAGGAUAUUUAAUUGAAUCAAUCUUGCAGAGAAUUUAUUAAAGAUCAUUAAAGUAUCAAUUUCAUCUUUCUAUCAUAAGAAGAACGUGUGCUAGAGAUAAAAGUUUAUACACUUUUUUUCUGCCCUUGGCCAUGGCCCCAAUAUUGGGAGAUUGAUAAGAGAAUUGUACAAAGUUUAGAAGUGGUUCAUAUGGUGUUCACUAUUACUGCAAUAUAAUACACCUGUUGAUAAAAAUAGAAGCACAUAGUACAGUAGGGUUGGGAUAUAUUGCAAGAUAGGGUCCAACGAUGUUCGCUAUAUACUAAAUCGCGAUAUAUAAUUACAUGUAAUCAAUGGGGAAAAUAGGGUUAGGUUCUGGAGGCCAAUAAAAGUGAUUAAACUUGGCUUAACGAGUUUAUUUUCAUACUAACUAAAGCGCCAAUGAAUACUAGACUCGGGAACAACAGGCUGUUUAAAUAUCAAUAUCAAAGCACACCAGACUCGGCAGCAGACGCCACAUUGCCACCCUCACUUGAUACUCCCACACCUACACUGUACAUAACAAACAAACCAAAAAUAUUAGUUACAGUAUUACAUCUUUUCCAUUAAGGUUUCCAUUCUCUUCUCUUCACUUUUCACGUCACUAGCAACCCAUUUACACUCGCCUUUAGAAGUCAUAACCUGCACCAGAGUCGGCUGUUUACUCGUCACUCUCUCAGAAAGACUGAGCGGGCGAGAGUGAAUGCGUGGGUGAGCAGCCACGGUUCAUUUGAAAUAUUUCCCUCGCGAAAUAAAUAAUUUUAUCCCUAUAUAUUGGAAAUGUUGAUACUCUUGGUAGCUGCGAUAUAAAAUAAUCGUUAUAAAAAAUCGCGAUAUACCCCGACCCUACUGUACAUGUUAAUAAUGCAAUAUUGUGCUAAUUAAUUAUUCACUUAACAUGAGGUGGUUUAGUAAUGAGGUGAUUAUACAACACUCACAAUGAGGUGAGGAGGUGGUUGAGGCAAGAGGUGAUUGUAUGAGAGAGACAUUCACAGUGUGCACCACCGAGGUUGGAUCAGAGGUUAUGUUUUCAUUGCAAAUUUCUUUGACUGUAUGUACUGUACACUAUUUACAUUUCUAAGUCAUUUCAAUUUAGUGCUUCUCUGUAACCACCUCCACCUCCUAUUUGGAACCACUUGGGCAUUACAGAUUCAUUCUGAAUUCAAUUCAUAUUUGAAAAGCAUAUUAAUUAAGCUUCUCUAGUUCCCCUUUCCUUUCCAAAUCCAUUUUGCUCUUCAGAUAACACUUUCUAUUCUAAACUUCAUUCUACUUGAAAUUAUGUAUAGUAAAACUUUGCAGGCAUGACUUAUUAAGCUUAUUGGUCAAAACUGGGUUCACUUUAAGGCUCCUGGCUUUUAAGGUAUUACAGGUUGUGCUUUGAUUUAACGGCAACCCUUUUAAAGGAAACUUGCAUUUAACGGCAAAAUUUGUAAAAAAAAAAAUACAUUUAACAAUUUUUUGACAUCUACUGGCAUAUGUUACAAAAUUGAAAUUGGUGGGUGAGACCAUGAGAUUCUCUUGUGCACCAUGUCACUUUCACUAGUGCCACAUUCAUGUUUAUGUUUACCCCAGCAGACUGCGACCGCUUCUGCGUGUCUUGAAAUUGUAUAUUGUAUGAACCAUGGCUUCUAAGCGGCUUGCAAGCUCGCCAGUUAGUGACAAGGGGUAGAAGAAAAGAAAAUCUGGUAAUGUAUGAGAACAGUUCUACCACCAGAAGAUGGUCAGUUUUGUUAAUUUUUCCAUUUUAAAAGAGGUGGCAUUUACUAGAACCUAAUAGAACCUGACCUAACCAACUAAAGAAACCUAUUUAACCUUAUCUAACUUCCUAGCUGGGGAAUUCCCCAAUCCCUCGCCAUACUAAACAGAAUACUGUACUUAUUUUGAUAUCUGGUACCAAUGUAAGCAACUUUGUUUAAGCGUCAUGGUUUAAUUCUAUGUUUUUUGUGAACAUGAAAGUACACUCAGACCGAGCAGAUCAAUUGUAAACAGACAGACAAUAUGUGGUGAUUCAGCAAAAUUUCUGAAGGAAUAUUUACGGUAAAUAAUUAAUUUCUUCAUGUACAAAGCACCUAGAGACAUAUAUCACUUAAGUUUGUGGGUGUUCAUGUCAGGAACCUAUUCCCCCUUUUCACAGAACAGAUGUAACUACUGUAUACAGCAGUAUGUAUGCUGAUAUAUAUUACUGUAAUACGUCAUAUUUCUAACAGCCUUGGUAAGGUUCAGUUAUCUCUCUUAUCCACUAACAUACUCCUCGACACCAUCAAUUCAGUUCUUUAAUGCAUUAUUUUCUCAGUGUUGGAAGUUAAUACUAGAAGUUAAAACUAACACUCACUACCUUAUAACUGUUCUGUUCUCCAUAUAGCAAUACAUCUCGAUAACUGCAUUAAGAAUGAGAAGUGAUAGUGAAUGAAUGGAGAAUGUGCAUUUUUUGUUUCUAAUUCUGGCCACCUAACAGUAUGGUUAUAAAACUUGAAGGAGUGGAGGAAAAACCUAAUUUCUUGCAUUAUUGUAACUAAAAUACUAGUGAUUAUAUAUUGUAUAUCUACUUAGUAUGGCUGAAAAAGCUCAAAAAGUUUGUCAGUAACAGCUUGGCAACUGGUCUUCCACCAUUCAUUUUUUUUUUUUAUUGUGUUUUGAAGUGAAUCUUUACCAUUUCAUCACAUAUCAGUGCAAUAAUGUUUUUUGUAGUACAGUAUAUCUAUCUAGUAAUGUACAAACAAAAUACCUUGCAAAGACAACCAUCUGUGAUUUAGGCACAAUAUUCUGUGCUGGAACUUGACCAAGUGAAGUGUAGAAUGUGGGGUAUAAGAAGAUGCAGAACAUAGGAAGAUUGAGUAAAUGUGGAUCACUGGCAAAUUAGGAACUACUUAUGAAGUCUUUCAAGUUAAGGAAAUCAGAGAAUACUUGUGUGUUUGAGUAACUUUCACUUAUUGGUGAUGCCUUCCUCAUUAUUAAUUUCCUCCCCCCAUUUUUGGGGUGGGUGGCGGGCGAUUGUUCUGUAUACAUUGAUCCUCUUCAUACAAAAAAGUGGGAGAGGAGUAAAGACUCAAGUUGAGCACAGAUUUUUUCUUAUUGGAAAUGGAAGAGUGACAGGAAUUACUACUUUCAUUAUGACCUGUCCUUUGCUGAGAUAAACUUUGUUUCCACAACCAGCAAUAGACUGCCAGUCAGAAAGUAAGACAUGAUUCACUUGAAGCUUGAUGUGUUUAGGGUAAUGAAGGAUUUAGAAUGUAAUACAGUAUUGUAAAGUACCUGUCUACUGUACUAUAUCAUAAUCUAAGCACAGUGUAAACUGAUGUUUUAUCUAAAAUAUAUUUUUGUAGACACCUGUACUGUAUUGUAAAUAAGAGUUGGAAAUAUGUACAUUUUAUUUUGAUAUUGUUAAAUGACUAUGGGGGUCAAUUACAUUAUAAAAUAACAUAUUAUUUACCAAGAAAAAUUUAAUUUUGGUUGAAUAAAAUAAUAAUCUCA